AUGGGAUCUCUGGUGCAAUCUCUGCUGUCUGUAGAUGGGUAUAGGAUUCUGUAUUUAGCCGCUGUGUUCUGUCUGUCUCUGGUGUUGCUAAAGGGGAUCCAACUCUUCCAGAAGAGAAAUAAUUUAAUGACAGCAUUGAAACCCUUCCCCGGACCCCCUGGUCACUGGCUAUUUGGGCAGGCUGAUGUGCUUAAUGAAGAUGGGAAAUCACUGGAUAAAUUAUUGGGCUGGGCCACCCAAUUCCCGUAUGCCAAUCCUAUUUGGUUUGGACCGUUUGAUGCAUAUUUGAACAUCACUCACCCAGAAUACGCCAAAACUAUACUGUCAAGGCCAGAUCGCAAGGGUUAUAUCCAAUAUGAAUAUCUAAUUCCCUGGAUUGGGAGAGGACUAUUGCUUUUGACUGGACAGAAGUGGUUCCAGCACCGUCGCCUGCUGACCCAUGGAUUUCACUAUGAUGUGCUGAAGCCGUAUGUGAAGAUAAUGAGUGACUGCACUAAAGUCAUGCUGGAUAAGCUCCAGAAGCAUGGAUCCACAGGCCAGUCCAUUGAUAUUGAUCCAUUUGUCAGGAAGAUGACACUGGACACUAUAAUGAAAUGUGCGUUCAGCUGCCAUACGAACUGCCAGACGGACAGGAAGAAUCAGUACACAAAGGCUGCGUAUGACCUUGCAUACCAAGUGAUGAACAGACUGCGUUUCUUACCGUUUCACAGCGAUCUCAUUUUCUAUCUCAGUCCGCAAGGGCGGCAGUUUAGAAGACUUUGUAAAAUCUCACAUGAACACACAGAUAAUGUGAUAAAACAGAGGAGAGAAUCCUUGAAACGUAAUGAAGAACUGGAAAAAAUCCAGAAAAGGAGACACCUAGAUCUUCUGGAUAUACUUCUUUUUGCACAAGAUGAGAAUGGUCAGGGUUUGUCAGAUGAUGAUAUUCGGGCCGAAGUGGAAACCUUCAUUUUUGAGGCGCACGAUACUGUAGCCAGUGGGAUCUCCUGGAUCUUGUACUGUAUGGCCAAACACCCAGAAUAUCAGCAGAGAUGCCGCGAGGAGAUCAGAGAGGUCCUGGGUAACAGAGACACAUUGGAAUGGGAUGACCUAAGUAAGUUGCUGUACACCACCAUGUGUAUUAAGGAGAGUUUGCGCCUCAACACGCCAGUGCCAGUCAUUUCCAGGCAGAUCAAUGAACCAAUCACAUUCAGUGAUGGGCGAUCUCUACCAGAAGGCAGCCUGGUGUCUGUGUCCAUCGAUAGCAUCCACAGAAACCCUUCUGUCUGGAAUGAUCCCGAGGUAUUCGACCCUUCAAGGUUCUCGCAGGAGGACCCAGCACAAAGACAUUCUCAUGCAUUUAUUCCUUUCUCGGGUGGGCCAAGAGGUUGCAUUGGCCAGAACUUGGCAAUUAAUGAGUUGAAGGUGGCUGUCGCUUUAACUCUAAAUGCCUUUGAGCUGUCAGUGGAUCCAUCCCGAACUCCCAUCAAAAUAGUUAUGUUGGUACAGAGGUCGAAGAACGGAAUUUAUCUGUAUCUCAAAAAUUCCAGAAAAGAAUGA